GUACAAGCUAUAUCCUAGAAGAGAGUCAAUUGAACUAAUUUGAAUGUCAAGGUAUGAGGAGUUUGAACUGUUUUCGUCGAAGGAUUUGUUGUGUUGCAAAAGAAACUGUUGUUUUCAGAUCCAUCAUACAAUUCGGGGUUUUAUUUGCUGCUUAUUUAAUAUAUACGAAAUACAAAAUUCACGAAAACCUAUUAUUCUCCGAUGCUCAACAAAUUUAUGUAGUUCCACAGGGAUCAGUUAUUAGUGACACUAAAGACCAUGCUCUUUUCCUGACCAUCCACUUGGACACUGAUGCUUCUCCACGUGAAUGUUUGCAGUCGAUUGGACGUAUCCAGAGAUUUGUUACCACAAUUUGUCCGCCACAUUUGUGUCAAGAUGAAAUUCUUUAUGGUGUCGGUUUUGGUUUUGAUUUCUUUCGAAAAAUCAAUCCUGAUUUUGAAUCUAAAGGAAUAGAACGCUUCGAAUAUCGUGAAAGAUCAGGGGCUUUUGGUACACUUCCUAAUACAGGAAAGUCUAUGUUCCGUUUGUUAGUAUGUUACAAUGAUUGCUCAUUGACUUUUUUCCGUAACCAAAUUUACAGAAUUUAGUCAAGAUGUUUCUUGCUAACUACAUUUAGAUUUCUUUUAUCUUUGUCAUUACGUCAAUUUUUUCUUACAUAUUAUUUCAAAAUUGAUUUUCUAGUUAGAACAAAAUACGAUCGGUUUUGAAAAUUAAGGGUAACUUGAUUUUCAGGCCUUCUGUUUACGCUUUGGAUAAUGCUACCUUAAAAAUGAGCCUAAUUAAACCUACAGCAUAAUUUUAGGUGGCUACCAAUUGUAGAUUAUUAAAAGGAAGGAUGAACAAAGUGAUCUAUAGUAAAGAUAAUUACAACUAAAUGAAAAUAUUUUCUAAGAAAUCAUCUUAGCAGAAAUAAAUUUAAGUUGGAUAAUACGGAGAUGUUAACUGCACCUGCUAU